CUAUAACCCAACUUGAAUUGUUGUAGCAGUGGGAACUCGGACUGGUGUUACGGUUUAACUCAAUCAUGGAAAUUGGAAAACUCAACGGUGCAGCGAACGAUCCAAAUGCAAUUCUAGAUUUUUUGAGAUCAUUUCGUGACGAACUACUUGAUCGUAUGGGAUCAUUGGAAAACCGAGUUGCUACAUUGGGUGACCACUGCAGACGACUCGAAGAUCGAGCGCGCGGGUGUCGAUGUUGUGCUCGGCAUUGCGAUCCUCCAGAUGAAGCACCCAGUGCAUUUCCAGAUGGCAGCGGGAAGUCAUCGGACGCUGAAUUAGGAAAGGACGGAGCCCCAUACUUUGUCCAUAAUGGAUCUGUGCUUCUUUCCUCGCUAAACGCCUAUUCCGAUUAUCCACAGGGUAGUUGGUUAGGUGAUGAUGGUGAUCCAAGGCGUCGGGUACGCGUACCAAUUGAUCCGAAAGUUCUCCUCAACGCCAAUUCAACAUGUCGGUCUCCAGAAAAGAUGGCUCUGAAACUGCUCGAUUUACUCUUCGAUCGUGAAACUCAGGCUAAUGGAAACAUUAGCGGAAGUAGCAAGUACGGAAAGCAAAAACUCAAUCCUGUCUUCAUCUAUGGGAUUCUUUGUCAUUUAGUGUACCUCUUCAAGAUUACUGCACUUGACUGGGAACGCAUUAAGCUCUCUAUAGACUCCAAGUGCCGUUCGGCGCUUCGACGUAAACGAAAGGCAUUAGAAAUUAAACAGUCGACUCUAACACCUCCUUCGGCCCGUUUGGACGUUUGCUCCGCCAGUCACUACUUAUCUACUGCAACCUGUGGGUUGGGGCAGAUAUCCACAAAUGGGCAAACAUUAAGCGUAGAAGGGUUGUGCUCGGACGGGAUUUCAUGCCUUGAAGGCCUACAAGAGAACAAGCGAAUUUGUCAGGAAUCUCCCCUAGCCAAAGAUGCAGACUUACAAGGAAAUGAUCAUGCUUUGGUACAAGUGCAGAAUAAACAAGAGCGUACGGCGCCUUUGGGUCAGGUUCACCCACAGCAAGAACCAGGUUCACAUGUUGCGACUGUACCUGGCACAGCAGGGACCAACGGAAUAGUGCCUGGUUCAGUAGAGGAGACCUGUCCGUCACUGCUUCGAGCGGAUUCAUUUGAAUUCAAUGAUUUGCUCUCGGGUGGAGAGGGUAAUCCAGACGAUCCCGAAGAAUCCGAGGUCGUUGGCGACGUAAUUUCAUUGGAUGCUACGGUCGUUUCCGACGAGCUGAUGUCAUCGGUAUCCGAGUGCGGAGGCUAUCUUGAAGUUCUUCAGGUAUCUCCUGAAACUAUGCUCGCUCUACAGCAGACGCAUCGAGUACAGAUGCAGUCGGAUGGCACACUUAUCGCCAUGCCGUUAAUCGCAUCAUUGGCUCCGCCCGACAACGUCACGGUUUCAGACAGCGGGGCCGGCAAAGAUACGAAGGUAGAAAGCCACAAGCGUCUUCCCUUGUGACACCAGCGAAUGCCCAUGACGAACAUAAUCGUGAAUAAUUCCUAAGUGCUUUUGAUGUACAUUGUACGUCGGUGUUAAGGAUUGUCGUUCGUCUACGGCAAUUACACUGUACCACUGGCAGUCGAUGCCAAUCAAUAUGAAUCUUGUAUUUUUUUUU